CUUGGAACCAGCGGCGAUCGGGUAUCUUUGUACAGAUGCUGCCGGCGCCACAUUUAUUUGUCCCGUAGCGGAGAAAAGUAUUUUAAGCGUGAGCUUCGGGCACGUCACGCACUAUGGAAGCGGAAGAUGGGAGAGGCUACAAUGUGCCUUGCCCACAAUGUUCUGAGAUUAACUGGGCAAUAAGUGAUGAGGGCAGGUACUACUGUAUGAGCUGUCACACUAUCAUAGAGAAAACCAGAGAAGUUGAAGAUUCAGAAGUAUUUGUAAACCUUGGCAAAAUUCAGUAUAUCUCUAGAGGCCUCCGAAAAAAGAGAAAACAAGAGAAGGGCUGGGAGUGGUACGUUUGUGAAGGAUUUCAGUUCAUUCUCAUUAAGCAAGCUGAAUCACUGCAGGCCUUGGGAGUGGCCCCUCAAAUUAAGGAUGAGAUCAUCUGUACAUUCUGGAGGCGUUAUCUUCAGAAGACAAAUCAGGCAUAUGUCAAAAGGCCAGUUUACAGAAACACUCUGAAUCUUAGAGAAUCGGACAGCAGUGCUACUGAGCUGGAUAGUGAGACAGACGAAUUUUCUGAUGGGAUUACCACUGAUGCUAGUGAUAGGCUUUCUGUUGCAACUGAAGACAUCGCCUCUGGAUCAGAAAGUGCAGUGAGCAUACAGUCUGGCUCUGUAGAUGGUGUGUCACACACGAAGAUGAGUAAAAAUUGGAAACCAUGGAAUUACGUAAAGAUGUCCAUGCCUAUGACGUUGGCAUUCUGUUAUCUUGCUUUGCUGUGGCUGAGAGCUUCUAUAACACUCUCUGAUUUAUUACGAUUUGUUUUUGAAAAACGCAUUCCAUACUUCAAUGCACAUCAAUAUCUGCCGGAAGAAAUAAAACUAUAUGGACAAGAUGUCAGAAUAUUCCGAAUGCAGUCCUUUCCAGUUUAUAAUGAUAUACUGAACAAGGCUUAUGAACUUGGACACUAUUUGGAUUUGCCGCGGUUCCCUGAAAUAAUUAAAAAUUGUUAUUUACACCCCAAUGUUCUAUGCAUGAAGUAUCUGAUGGAAGCCAACCUGCCAGAUGAACUACACCACUGGACAUGCCAGGUAGCAGAGAAGACGGGAACUGAUGAUUUGCAUCUGUUGACAUUUGAUCCUGCAUGUAAAAAAGCACGGCAUAUCCGCUAUGAUGUGCAAGCAGUGGCUUUAAUAAUAGUCGUGCUGAAACUGUUAUUUGCACUGGAUGAUAAUACAGAAUGGCAGUUGUCAACGUUUGCCGAAAGAAUGAACCAAAGGGACAAAGAGAAACCAAUUUUCGAAUUCCAAAGCUGGUAUCAAACAGUGAGGUCGUGCUAUGAGAAAGCCCAGCAGGCGCUGGAGGAAGAAUAUGGCAGGUUCACGUGGAAAAGUGACUGCCUGUUGUAUUACUCUCACACUUCAAAAGCUGUGCUUCAGAAGAGAAAACAGAUGUCAGAAAACCUGCACAGGCAGUUUAGCAAGCUGGCUGGAGCUGCACCUGACACUGGCAAGCAAGGCCCAUCAAGUUUCUUGUUUAAAUGGGAUGAGCAAAACACAGACAGGAUUUGUUUUCAUGGACACAGCCUAGAGGCCAUUCUGCAGCAAGGCGACAAACCAGCUACAGCAAUAAACACUCAUUAUUGGUUGAACUCACUGAAGAAAUGUAAAUCCAGGAUUUGCCAGCACUCCGAGCUAUACGAACAAUCCAACUUUCCUAGGAGCUACCACUUUAUCGUGUCCCUGUUUGCCUUCCUGCUGAGAGUGGAACAUUGUGUCGUCCAUCAUGAAGUGUGCCUUAUAGAAGAAACAUUUUUUCAGGAGUUUCAAGGGAAGAAGAAUAAACAGAAACAAAAGCCCAGAAAACAAAAUUAAGAUACGACAGACUCCAUGUAUGAUGUUUAAGGGGGUAUGAUGUUCUGGCGGGCCUGACGAACUGAUAUCUGGAUGAUAAUCGGGCAGAUCUCACUUGGUCAGAUGAGGACCACCUUGGAAUGUUGAUGCUGUAGCAAUAAUACCAGUGUUGCUCCUAAUUAAAUAUUAUUGUCUGUUUAUAAUGACAUGAAAACCUUCAUUCAUGUAUACAUGCAAAUAUGGAGAGAAGAGUUUUUUGUUGUUUUUCUUAACAAGGAAAGUCUAUCCUGUUAAUAAGAAGUGUUUAUAUAUAUUUUUUGUUCACCAUACAGUCCAUUUAUGGAGCUUCUCUUCUAAUAAAAUGCUUUGUUAUUUUCUUA